CGCAUUUUGAGACUCCCUGUUGUCACACACUCUUUAAUCAGACACUCUGUUAGGGUUGUUCCAAUAGUCAUGGAGAUUCCUGAGCCGAGAAGAAGAUAAAGGAUUUGUUUUUCUUGUACUACACGAAAAAUGUUGGUUGUUUUGUCCGUCAUUUACUUCAUCCGCUUCUGGGUCCUCCAGAGUCCAUUAGUCUAGACUGGUGCAGCUUAAACAACGUCUGGUGAGAUUUCAAGAUGGAAUUUCAGAAAUUUCUCAUCCUAAUAAUUGGAGGUAUCUUCGCAUCAUCCUUGGUGAUAGUCGUUUUGUUCAUCAUCAUCAACGCCUGCAUAAGACGGAAAGUGGGAAAAUAUAACACAAUGGCUUUAAAACAGACUAAGCCAUCAAACAACACAGAGAGCUCUUUUAAGCAUAACGGGCAGGAAGAGGCGAGACCUCCAUUACCUCCGAGAGACCAAUUUGACACCGAGUCCAUGAGCAACAGUUAUGAGGACAUGCCUGAAAACCCUCUGGUGGCAGAUGAAACUUCCUGUUUAACGAGUGCAGUCAUUCGUCCCCCUGAAACCCAAAUUAGUUUUCAGGACAACAUCAGCGUCUCGGAAAACUACGAAGAAGUAGACGAGCAAGAAAGUGCGACCAACAGUUAUGAGGACGUUUCUGAAAACCAUGUGGCACCACGUGAAUUUUCUGCUGUAAGCAAUCCUGUUAUCGUUCUACCACCCGAGACUCAAGUCGACCUUCAGGACAACCUCAGUGCCGCCGACAGUUACGAUGAUAUAGAUGCUCUUCAAAAUGCACAAAACAGCUAUGAAGAUAUUAUAUCCUUGCCAGAUUACCUGGAGGUGGAGCAGGCUCCGUUCCAGAACAAGUCUGACUCCGGGUCAGAAAACUAUGACGAUAUCGACAAGCUCCACAGCGACGAGGACUAUGACGAUGUGGGAUAAAAGAUAUAGAUCUCUGCACUUUUGUAAAGAAAUUAAUUUCGGGAAGUCUAAAACUUCUCUCGGAGGUCCUACACAGAACUUUGGACCUCCUUCCAUUUUGAGUUCAAUUCACUUUCAUUUCUAUGGCGCUUUAAGCUAUGGACAUUGUCACAGCUUUACAGAAUUGUAUCCAUUCAGGAAAUUUCUCCAUUUAAAUCCCUAAUGAGCAAGCUAGUAAUGACAAACCUUCUGAGAUGACCUGAGGAAGGAACAUUGUGAGGAACCAGACUCAAACAGGAACUUAUCAUCUGCGUGACACCACCACAUAUUGAGAUUAUAAAUAAUUCCCCCUCUGUUUACUAUAUAGUCAAAAAGUGUAAUUGUGUAACCAGGAUUUUUUUUUUUCUUUUCAUGGAAUCUAAUUUUGUCAGCUGUUCCCUUAAGUGCACAACUGUUCGUAUUAAUUGCUGCCUGAACCAAUCUUCAUGCUUUCUACAUGGUACCAUUAACACCGUGAUGUCACAGUUCUUUAGGCUGUCUGUGCUUUUCCAAUGAUCAGGUAAAUGCAGAAGGAGAUCAUGAUCACUCCUGCCAACUUAGCAUUUUUCUCAUGAGAAGGGUGAUGCCUUUUUUGCAAAGCGAUUUCAAUAUAUGAGUCCAUAAUUUAAUCUAAAAUACCACACCUAGCACAGGAUCUAGGUCUACAUGAAAUAAACCAGUGGGUUGUACAAGUGGCGUUGAAGUCAUUUAACGUUACAGGUAUAAAAGUGGAUCCUAACGUGGCGGGACAACACUAUUAAGUGUCUAGUGUGUCCUAUUAAUAAUAUGAGGUGCACAUGUUGAGGACCAGAGAUCGUUAAUCAAGAUGGCCGACUAAAGUGUUCAUGGAACAAGGUAUGGUGAAAACAUUUCUUGUGAACGAAUGGCAGAUGUCUACAGAAGAUUUCAAGCACAGUACCAUGAGACGCUCAGCUGCAGUAAGACAUUUGAAUGGUGUAAACGUUUCAAAGAUGGAUCCCGUUUGCGGUGGUUCCCUGAUGAUGAAGUCAAGGUUGUCCCAGCGUGGUUCAGGCGUACUACUGACAAAACACUGAGAUGAUGGUAUGACUGCAGGGGGGUAUGUCGAAAUGUAUGUCCAAUCCUUGAAAUCCGUUCUUUUGUUUAUAAACUCAAAAGUCCCAGUUUGACUUGAACACCCCUCGUAUAAUAACAAGGUCAUCAACUGAAGUUCUUAGACAUUUUCUUUGGAGAAACACUGAUAAAUAAACCAUUUCAACAAUACUACUGAGUCAUUCCCACAAAUCACAGCUGGUGAAGCUGCUAAAACAAUUUCUUGAAGAAAAAAUAUCCAAUAUGUAUUAAAGAUCAAAUCAGUUGCUCCUAAUAGAUGUCCUCUAUUUGACUUCUUUUCUGCACAAAACUUUCCCUCUAGGUAUAACACUCACUAUCUACCUGAUUUUCUUUUUAACCAAUUCUUAUUUAAUAGGCUUAUUUUUUUUCUUAACACCUUUCCAGACUAAAUACUUUUUAAAUAAAUUAUUUAUUAGUUUCACACAACUAGUACAUGUAUUGUUUGGGUUAUUUAUUUUUUUUAAUUACGAGGCAGCAUUAAAAUAAUUUCAUACUAGUUUUGUAACACGCAGAUGGCAUCACGAGGCUGCAUGCACAGUCACAGGGAUCACUGGCCUUCAUAAGUCAGUGUGCCAAAAUACAUCUUGUGUAAAUCAAGAGCUGUGCUAUACUGACCACGUGCAUUACCAUGUCUGCGAUUUCAUCAUGCGCAGCAAGUUAGAACAAAGAGCAAACGUGAAAUUAUAUGUGAAACUAGGCAAAUAUGCCAUAGAGAUCUCCCCACACAAGUUUCUUGCCAGAAAUGAAAUGCACAUUCUCACUUCCACACCUUCAGGACACAUUGUAAAAAGAGAUAGUGUCAAAAAUGUUUGAUAGCACCUCAUAUAUGUUUUGGGCAUCUAGUGAACAGAAUGUUUAUUUGACAUGAUACUGAAACAAUCAUGAACACAUCAUAAAAAACCUAGCUGUUAUCAUGUAAUUAAGAAAUCCGUUAUCAUGUAAUUAAGAAAUCCAUUCUUAGAAAAGUAUCCCAGAUGCAGAGAACCAGAUAAGGGCCCAAAGGGUAUCCCUGAGGGAGCCUGAGAGAGCCACAGCACCAACAGGAGAAGCUGUUCACAAGACAGUUUGGCAUUUACUCAGGAGGAUUUUGGAUGCUAUGUAGACAAUGUGAGUAAAGAUUCUCUUGACGGAUCAGACCAAAUAUUUCAGCCUUGCCAUGAUGAACUAGGUAUGAUAGAAAACCCUGAAAACACCAAAAGCAUGAAGCAUGGUAGUGGUAGAAUCAUGUUCACAAUUGCCCCCUAAACUCUCAGUUGCCUUUUCCUUUGACUAAGAACAAUCCUGAAAUGUUUAAAGAAAGCUCUCUAUUUAAAAUAGAAUGAAAGUUUACCCUUUCAAACAUGGAUGUAAUGUUCAUCACACUUUCAGAAACCUUUGAACUCAAUUAUUCCAUUUCAAUGAAAAGUGCUUCGUAAGCUUUACAGCUGGGUGCCAAUCCAGAUGUUUGCCAGGAUUUCUUUUUUAAGGUUAUUUAUGAAGUUUUGAUUUUGUUCCACGGCUUGGGCUGCAUAAUGUCGCUUGCUUACUGUCAGAUCAAGCCAGCGUGACGAACAUUGUGGCUUAGAAAAGAACUGAAACUGCAGUUUCACUGCACACUGAACCACCUGCUACUAAACAGUACUUUUAUUUGUAUUUUUAAGUAUGUAUGGUAAGUACAUAAAAGUAAGGCAAAUAUGACUCUUACAUUUGCUUGUUAAUUAAGCUUUCCAAUUAUAAUGAUUUCAUUGUGUUAUCUGACUACGUUAGCCUCACCUUCACACUUAUUUUUUUUUAUAAACAGCCUCAACAUUCAACCAGAAAGGACGUUCACCCAAUAGUUUAAGAUACUUGAAUAUUUUAUAUACAUUUAUUUUUAUUAAAAAAAAAAAAAAAAAAAAAA